UUGGCUAAUGUAAUGCUAAGCUAGCCAUUUACUGCUCGCGUAGAAAAUGUGUCAAAACAACGUCAGUUUAUUUGUCGGCAGGUGUAGGCACUUCGCACAAGAGCACCAGAGCCCAUAUUCCUAUCUAAAUUUGCCUCAUAUUCAUUUCGGCAUACAUUUUGAAAGCUUAAAACUUAUCUUGGAAAAAAUGACAUCUCCGCGGUAACCUCAGAGCCAAUGCAGCCCGUGGAUGGCGACAAGCAGCGUUGUCAAUUUAAGAAGGAGGAAAUUUGUCAGAAAGUGAAUAUAAGCUUCUUUAAAUUGGCACCGCUACGUUGUCAUUCAUUUUCAUGGGGCCUGAUUGAAAGUGGACGUAUUGUUCAGUGUGUUCUUUCCCCCCCCGACUUCCCAAGGCCAGGCUGUUGCUCGACUAUUUCGGCCAUGUUGUCAACUAGUUCCCGGUUUGAUAUCUAGUUAUGUCACCAAACUGGUCAGUUGGUAUCACUCAGCUAACAUUAGCUAGCUGUCGUCACGGUAGUUUGGCAAACGCUCGUUAGCUGGUGACGUCAAGAACGUGGCUCUAGGUUGGGGCUGGUCGGAACUUCAGAAGCUCCUCAGGAAAUGGAAAAACGGUUGGAAGAGAAGCUAAGGAUCAGCCAGAAAGAAAAGGAUUCCAGCAAUUCUUCCAGAUCACUGAAGAAAACCAUGGUAAUACAGGACGACUCCUUACCAGCAGCACCUCCACCCCAGAUACGCAUUUUGAAGCGGCCUGCGAGUAACGGUUCUCUGACCUCGGGCCUGAAUCAGAACAGGCCUACACCGCAGGUCAAAUCCCUGGCCCAGAGAGAAGCAGAGUAUGCCGAGGCCAGGAAGAGAAUACUGGGCAGCGCUUGCCCAGAGGAGACGCCUCAGGAUAAGCCCAACAUAGACAGACCAGGGCACAAUAACUCUACACUGCCUUCAGAGGACACCAGAUCAAACAGUCACACUGUCCGGCAGCCAGCCGGCCCAGACGGCACCCAAGGGUUCCGACAGCACAGAUAAGUGCACCUAGAGGGCCGCCCAGCCCCUGAGGGAGAGGGAUAAAGGGUCCCCUGAGAGCAAAUGCAGUACUGUAUUCUUAAAAACUUCUUCCUUCAGUUCCCACAUACACGGGGAGCUAUAAGUAAAGCAUCCUCCCUGUCGGCCUCUUUCACAGCCGUCUAAGACCGACAGGGAGCGAGGAACUCCAGGAAGAAGUCCAAUGAAAACGUGCUCUCAUCUCUCCCCACUUCAAUCUGUUUGGCACUGUGAUUAUGGACAUCUUCUGGACUCACUGUGAUGUUCCCCUUUAAGAAAAGCCCCUCACCUCCAUCUGUCUCCCCUCCGGUUCUAAGUGGCUUCGUCAGAGGAUGCCAAAAGGACAAACAGAAAGACUUAAACAGAGGAGGAAAAAUGAGGGGCCAUGUCAAAAUGAGAUGAGCUGGUACUUGUGCAGCAGCUUUCUCCCAGCAAUAAGACGUCACCUUUUUGUGUUUUUAAUUUUCAGAUGUUGGCUCACUAAAUUUUAAUCUCAUCUUUCUCUCGCUUGUCUUUAUCAAAUCUAGGGUUGUUCUGAUAUCUAACAGGUAAAAGUAUGUCUCUCUCACACACACACACCACAAGAAUCUGUUUAGAGCAGCUUUUUAUAUUGAGUUUGUUUUUUAAAAUAAACUUAGCAUUUGCGGUUUUUAAGAAAUAGGAAAUGUUUUUCACCUUUAUUUGGUGGCAAAAUCUGACAAUAUGUUGGGUUCUUUGUAUGGUUUAAACACCUGGAACUGCAGCUGGUGUCUAAAAUGCACACACUGCUAAUGAGUACUUGACUGAGAUUUUAGAUUUAUCAGGAUACCACCUAAUAUGUAAAUUGCCAUUUGUUUCUUAAAACGGGGGUUAGGAUUUAUGUGUGUGAAGUUGUAUAUCUGACAAGGUAUGUUUACGUUGUUUUUUUGAUUUUUUUUUAAAGCUUUCUGGCUGUCUUCCUUAGACUGUCAUUUCAUUUCUAUUUAAAAGUAAAGGCAAAAAAGAUGAGAUGUUGGAUUUAAGUCCAUUUUAAGUAGCUUUCCUGCAGUUUUUUCUUUAACAAGAGGGCAGCAAUGUCAGAGCAGUAUUUUUAACUAAAAAAGAACCAAAAGCCCUUUUUUAAAAAACAAAAACUAACAAAGAAAACCCUAAAAAUCAUUAUUUGAAGGUGAUGUUGGCAGCAAUUUAAAGAAGGGUCAGAUGGUGAAUUUACUGCUGUACCUCUCGAGCCUCACUGUCUUAACUCCACCUUGUUGGCGGCGUGCUUCUUUUCUUCACACACCGCGCUGAAGUACAGCAUGUAGGAACUCAGGUCAAGUGAAUGAGGCUGAAUGAAUGAAUAAGAUUGUAUUUUUCCAGCAGGGUUGAUUGCUCAUACAGCUAAUGUCCGUAUUUAAGCUUGGGUUGGCACUUAGAAACCAUGCUCUAUAAAUUGCAAUGUAACUGAAAUGAUGUCUAUGCCCCAAGGUGUAUGAAUGUUGGGUGUGUUUUGUUUUUUUUUCCACCGUCAGCAUUUUAGUCACAAGAAUGGUGAGUGAUGGUCCACUGCUUAAAUGGAGCAGCUAGAUGCAAUCCGAAGAGCAGUUGCCUGUGUGGCUUUCAAAGACCGUUGUGUUCAA